AUGGGGGACAUCAAGAUCGACAGCAAGACCUUUCAGGAGCGCCUGUCGCACUUCGUGACCACAUGGAAGGCCGACAAGCGCACCGGCGGCGACGCGCUCUUCGCCGGCGCCUCGUCCAUCGUGAUUAUGAUGGGCAAGGUCGAUGAGGAGCCCGAGUUCUUCAAGAACAAUGCGAUGCAUUUCUGGCUGCUCGGCUACGAGUUCCCAACGACGCUGAUGCUUUUCACGCUCGACACACUCUACAUCCUCACCACACAAAAGAAAGCCAAGUAUCUCGACCAAAUCAAGGGAGGGCGCUUCCCCGUCGAAGUCCUCGUACGAGGCAAAGAUGCCGCCGAGAACGAGAAGCUUUUCGUCAAGAUUACAGAUGCCAUCAAAGCAGCAGGCAAGAAAGUGGGCGUCCUCACCAAGGACACCUCCAAAGGCCCGUUCAUCGACGAAUGGAAGAAGCAUUUCAGCGAGAACUGCAAGGAUGUGGAGGAGGUCGACAUUGCCCAGGCUCUGUCCGCCGGCGCUUUCUCCGUCAAAGAUGAGGCAGAACUGCGCGCCAUGCGCACCUCAUCCAAAGCCUGCGUCGCGCUCCUGACCUCGUACUUCCUCGACGAAAUGUCUGAUAUUCUCGACCAAGACAAAAAGAUCAAGCACAGCACACUCUCCGACAAGGUAUUCAGCAAGCUCGACGAUACCAAGUUCUGGAAAUCCGUCGAGCUCCCCAACCGCCAGAAGAUGCCUGCAGAUUUUGAUGCCUCGCAACUCGACUGGACCCUCGGGCCUAUUGUGCAGAGCGGGGGUAAGUUCGACCUAAAGUGGCAGUCAGACUCGGACGAUCAACCAUUGCACCCGGGAAUUAUCAUUGCGUCCAUGGGACUGCGGUACAAGUCCUACUGCUCGCAGAUUGCGCGGACAUUCAUGGUCGACCCGAACAAGUCCCAGGAAAGCACCUACAAGUUUCUCCUUGCCGUCCACAGCCUGAUUCUCAAGGAGAUCCGGGAUGGAGUGGCGGUCAAGGAGGUUUACAACAAGGCGCACAGCCUGAUCAAGUCCAGGAAGCCCGAGCUUGAGAAGCAUUUCUUGAAGAAUGUUGGCUACGGCAUCGGCCUGGAGACCAAGGACCCGACUCUGAUGCUCAGCGGCAAGAACUCGCGGACGCUUCGGGACGGUAUGACCCUCUGCAUUACCACAGGGUUUACCGAUGUCCAGAACCCGGACCCGCGUGAUAAGAACAGCAAAGUCUAUUCGCUUGUCCUUACUGACACGAUCCGAGUCACGACCAACGAGGUGGUCGUCUUUACCGGGGAGGCUCCAGCGGACGCGGACGCUUCGUCCUUCUUCUUUAAGGAUGAUGAGGAGGCCCAGCCGACGCCGAAGAAGGAGAAGCGAGACUCGCGGGUGGGUGCUGUGGCAACUAAGAAUAUCACUAGCACACGGCUGCGCUCCGAAAGGAAUGCUUCUCUGGAUGACGAUGCGGAUAAGAGACGCAAGGAGCAUCAGAAGGAGCUCGCAGCCAGGAAGCAGAAGGAGGGUCUCGGCAAGUACGCCGAGUCGACGGCGGACAAGAACGGUGUCGAGGUCAAGAAGUUCAAGCGUUUCGAGUCGUACAAGCGAGACAACCAGUUCCCGCCUAAGGUUCGGGAUCUGGGCAUCGUCAUCGACCAGAAGAACCACACCAUCAUUCUCCCCGUCAUGGGUCGGCCCGUGCCGUUCCACAUCAACACGAUCAAGAACGCGAGCAAGAGCGACGAAGGAGAAUGGGCUUUCUUGCGCAUCAAUCUCCUGUCUCCCGGCCAGGGUGUCGGCCGCAAGGACGACCAGCCAUUUGAGGACGCGUCCGCGCACUUCGUCAGGAGUCUGACGUUCCGGUCCAUGGACGGUGACCGGUACGCCGAUAUUGCCAAUCAGAUCUCGAAUCUGAAGCGCGAGUCGGUCAAGAAGGAGCAGGAGAAGAAGGAUAUGGAAGAUGUGGUGGAGCAAGACAAGCUGAUCGAGAUAAGGAAUCGACGACCGGCUGUCUUGGACAACGUCUUCAUUCGGCCCGCGAUGGAAGGCAAGCGGGUGCCUGGCAAGGUCGAGAUACACCAGAACGGUAUCCGAUACCAGUCACCCCUUAGCACGACGCAGCGGAUCGACGUGCUCUUCUCCAACGUCCGACAUCUGUUCUUCCAGCCGUGCCAGAACGAGCUGAUCGUCAUCAUCCACCUGCACCUGAAGGACCCCAUCCUGUUCGGCAAGAAGAAGACCAAGGAUGUGCAGUUCUACCGGGAAGCGACGGAUAUCCAGUUCGACGAGACCGGCAACCGGAAGCGCAAGUACCGGUACGGCGACGAGGACGAGUUCGAGGCGGAGCAAGAGGAACGCCGCCGCCGUGCUGAGCUCGACCGUCUCUUCAAGAGCUUCGCUGAGAAGAUCGCCGAGGCCGGUCGGAACGAGGGCAUCGAGGUAGACAUGCCGCUGCGCGAUCUCGGCUUCAACGGUGUACCCAACCGUAGCAACGUGUACAUCCAGCCGACGACCGAGUGCCUGAUCCAGAUCACGGAACCACCCUUCAUGGUGAUCACCCUCGACGACAUCGAGGUGGCCCAUCUAGAACGCGUCCAGUUCGGCCUCAAAAACUUCGAUCUCGUCUUCGUCUUCAAAGACUUCGCCCGUCCCCCGGCGCACAUCAACACUAUUCCUGUUGAGUCGCUCGAGGACGUUAAGGAGUUCCUUGACUCAUCCGACCUCGCGUACUCGGAGGGUCCCCUCAACCUCAACUGGUCGGUCAUCAUGAAGACGGUGACCGCCAACCCGCACCAGUUCUUCGUCGACGGCGGGUGGGGGUUCCUGCAGAACGAUUCCGAUGACGAAGACGGGUCGGAAGAGGAAGAGGAGGAGAGCGCUUUCGAGAUGGAUGAGAGCGAGAUGGAGGAGGCGUCGGAGUCGAGCGAGGAGGAUUCGGACUACGACUCGAACGCGUCAGCGGAUGCGAGUGACGAGGCGGAGAUGAGUGAUGAGGAGGAGGGUGAGGACUGGGAUGAGCUGGAGCGCAAGGCCAAGAAGCGGGAUAGGGAGAGUGGGUUUGAGGAGGAGGACCGGGCGGCGAAUAAGAAGAAGCAGCGGAAGAGGUGA